GUUUGUGCUUCGCGGGGUGCCUCCUGGGUUGGAUUCGGGAGAAGGACUUCGCAGGGGGCACCAGCCAGCAGUUCCUGGAACCCCAUGGGUCAGCGUGGGGCACGGGUGCCGACCUGCGGACUGAGCAAGAACUCCGCUCUGCGAGGGCCCAGGUGCCUUAGGGGCACGGGAGCCGCCCCAGAGGACGCCCGGCGGCCAGCAGCGCCCCAGCGGCUCCUGUGACCUCCGGCUCCUGCCGACGCACCUGGGAACGCGAUCCUCCCGCCUCCGCCCAGAAGCCCCCCCAAACCAUGGAGGCGCCCGAGGUGCCCGUGGGCGCGCUGAUCGACCUCGGGAGCGAGCCACCUGCGUCCCCGCCCCGGGGGGCACUGCCUCCGCAGCUGCAAGAUGGGGACAGCUCGCAGGGCGACGCGGCUUCGGAGAGCGAGACCACCGAGUCCGCCGACAGCGAGAACGACAUGGGCGAGUCGCCCUCACACCCGUCCUGGGACCAGUACCGCCGUUCGUCCUCCAACGAGUCCUUCUCCUCCAACCAGAGCACCGAGUCGGCCAAGGACGAGGAGAUGCUGGAGCUCCGCGAAUUCAUGCGUAGCUACGUGGACAAGAUCUUCUCCGGAGGGGAGGACUUGGACCAGGAGGAGAAGGCCAAGUUUGGAGAGUACUGUAGUGGCGAGAGCGGGAAAGGCCGGGAGUGGUUUGCCCGAUACGUGAGCGCCCAGCGCUGCAACUCCAAGUGCGUCUCGGAGGCCACCUUCUACCGCCUGGUGCAGUCUUUCGCCGUGGUCCUGUUCGAGUGCCACCAGAUGGACGACUUCGGGCCGGCCAAGAACCUCAUGACCAUGUGCUUCACCUACUACCACAUCGGCAAGCCGCAGCUGCUGCCCCCCGAGUCCAAGGAGAAACCCGCCGGGAGCAUCGACUCCUACCUCAAGUCCGCCAACAGCUGGCUGGCAGAGAAGAAGGACAUCGCCGAGCGGCUGCUAAAGAACACGGCCAAGACCGAGAAUGUCAAGGGCUUCUUCGGGGGGCUGGAGACCAAGCUGAAGGGGCCCCUGGCCAGGAAACAGGAGGAGGAGGAGGGCAAGCCCAAGGAGAAGCCGCAGAAGACCGUGACCGUGUGCGGCCCGGAGGAGGAGAGGAGGGGAGAGAAGAUCUACCUGUACACGCACCUGAAGCAGCAGCCCAUCUGGCACACGCUGAGGUUCUGGAACGCGGCUUUCUUCGACGCCGUCCACUGUGAGAGGAGGAAACGGUCUCCCACCACCAGAAGGGAUGCUGGAGAGGAGGAGGAGAAGAGGGAGAAGUGGUGUCACAUGACCCAGGAAGAGAGAAACGACAGCCUGCGCUUCAAUGAGAACAUCACCUUUGGGCAGCUGGGCACGUUCACGCACAACAUGCUGGCGUUCGGACUGAACCAGAAGCUGUGCAGCGACUUCCUGAAGAAGCAAGCGGUGAUCGGCAACCUGGACGAGGAGCAGUACAAGCUACUGAGCGACCACAUUGAGCAGAUGGCCGCCGAGUAGAGGCCGCGGGAGGUGGCCCGAGGGUCCACGUGGCUGUCCUGGGCCAGCGGCGCCUGUCACCCACCCACUGACCCUGCAUGACGUCGGCAGCACCCAGAGCCACCCCGCGCUGCCCGGGAACUAGCAGUUAGAAGACUCCGGUCGCCUGACCUCCCUGCCUCCCCUCUGCCUUGUCCGCUGCCCCAUCCGCGUGCCAAAGCGUCCCUGGGAUUACAUGGCCAAAACCGA